AUGAUGGAUGUAAGAGGUGGCAUAUUUAAUAGAGAUGGCAUGAGUAGCAAGGAGGACCUGGCUUUCCGGUUCGCGAUAGAGAAGGUGAAUGCGAAAAUCCGAACCGACUCUUCGCUGAAUAUGAGUAUGCUCACCUACGAUAUACAACAUGUAAAAGGCAAUGAUACAUUUGAGGCGACGAAUAAAGUUUGUCAACAGCUUGGUGUGGGCGUGGCUGCUGUCUUUGGUCCCACCACUCCCCACGACUCUAUAGCUGUUCAAUCCGUUUGUGACGUCAUGGACAUCCCUCACAUCCAGACACACUGGGUGCCCGAGUCUCACCUACCGGGUGAAUCUACCACGAUCACCAUCAACAUGUAUCCCUCCAACGAUGUCAUCAGCAAAGCCAUCAGCGACCUCGUUACAGCUUUCCGCUGGAAGAGGAUAUCCAUCAUCUACGAGGAUUUUAGUGGUCUGGCCAGGUUAAAAGAUGUCUUACAACUGUCCAUGUACAAGGACACCGAGAUAACCGUCUAUUACACCAAGUCCAUGCCAUUCGGAACCAUGAUGAAGAGGAUCAAGAGUUCUGGAGCCAACCACAUCAUCAUCGACUGUUCCAGAAGGUCACUCCUCAUCAUGCUUGAGAAGAUGCUGGAAGCUCAGAUGUUAUUACAAGGUUAUAGCUACAUCCUCACGGCAUUGGAUACGUUCUCGUUGGACUUGACCCGGUACAUCGGCGACAUGGUCAAUAUUACAGCCCUUCAGCUGGUAGACAAUCAAAGUCCCGAGAAUAUACAGAUCUUGCAGGAGUAUAAGGAGUAUGCGUUGCAGAAUGGAGUAGGACCGGAAGAUGCAGGCAUGACGGCUGAGGGUGUGUUAACAUACGAUGGCGUGAAUCUAGUAUCAAAGGCUUUGCAUCGUGCUAACCGUCAGACGACCGAUUUAGCAGUCAAGGCGCUCUCGUGUGAAACCAGUCAAGCGUGGGAAACGGGUCUCACACUGUACAACGAUAUCGAAUCGACAAUGGUGUCAGGACUAACAGGGGAGGUUGAAUUCCAGGAAGGAGAGAGAUCAAAUACCGUCCUACACAUUGCAUCCCUACAUGAAGAUGGGAUGAUACAGGUAGGGAACUGGUCUGAACAAGAUGGAAUCGAGAUGUACCCUGUACAGUACCAAUCUUCAGCAGGUUCUCGAUCUGGAAUCAACAGAACACUGGUGGUGACAACUGUACUGGAGAAGCCGUUUGUGAUGUUCAAGCAGACAGAGGAUGGUCGUACUCUAGAAGGAAAUGCAAGGUUUGAAGGGUUCUGCAUCGAUCUACUACAGUUCAUCUCAGAGAAGGUUGGCUUUGAUUACAGGAUCAAACUGGUAGAAGACGGUAACUACGGAGGUCAACUGGAAAAUGGAUCUUUUGAUGGAAUGGUGGCCGAGCUUAUGGAAAGGAAAGCCGAUCUGGCCGUGGCGCCCCUCACCAUCUCCUACGUACGAGAGCAAGUCAUCGACUUCUCCAAGCCCUUCAUGUAUCUAGGAGUGACCAUCUUGUACCGUGUUCCUGAACCUCAGAACCCCGGUGUCUUCUCCUUCCUCAACCCACUGUCCUUUGACAUAUGGAUGUACAUCAUCAUGGCCUAUCUAACCGUCAGUCUCUCCUUCUUCAUGCUGGCCCGGUUCAGUCCGUACGAGUGGUACAACUCCCAUCCGAUCAACCCAGAAUACGACGCGGUCGAGAACCAGUUCACCCUGCUCAGCUGUCUCUGGUUCUCGUUCGGUGGUCUCAUGCAGCAGGGAUCCGAGCUGAAUCCCAAGGCUUUCUCCACCAGGGUUCUCAGUGGUUUCUGGUGGUUCUUCUCGCUCAUCUUAGUCUCGUCUUACACUGCUAAUCUAGCUGCUUUCCUGACAGUCGAGAGGAUGGUCUCACCUAUCACCAACGCAGAUGACCUUGCCAAACAGACGACUAUAGAAUACGGCACGAGAACGAGUGGGGCCACAAAUACAUUUUUCAGUCGAUCUAAAAUCCACACAUAUAAGACGAUGUGGGAGUUCAUGAGUUCGAAGCAACACGUGUUUGUGCAGACGUACAGAGAAGGCAUCGACAGGGUCCUGAACAACAAGAACUACGCCUUCCUCAUGGAAUCCACCAUGGCCGAGUACGAGGUGUCACAGCACUGUAAAAACCUCACCAUGAUCGGAGGGCUUAUGAACUCUAGGGGAUACGGUGUGGGUACACCGUUAGGUUCGAGAUAUCGAGAUGAGAUCACCAAGGCUAUCCUCAAACUCCAGGAGGAGGAUGUCCUCUUGGAGCUCAAGAACAAGUGGUGGAAAUCGGGCCAGUGUGUGAGGGAUGAUAACAGUAAAGACGACGCCAGCGAGCUGGGCCUCAAGAACAUAGGAGGCAUCUUCCUCGUGCUCGUCGCCGGGCUCAUCCUCGGGAUCAUCACCGUCAUCGCAGAGUUCAUCUGGAAGUCAAAGCAAAAUGCAGAAAUUGACAAGAAAUCGCUAUGUGCAGAAAUGAUGGCUGGAAUCCGCUUCGCUUUUAGAUGUAAUGGUAAAAAGAAAGCACCCCCGUCAAUGGAACAUAAAUACAUCCCUUCGCCCUACCCUACUGGCAUAAAUGGACAAAUGAUACCCAUGACUGAGACAGUUGCGUAACUGAGUAGGUUUAUGAAACAUAGGGGUUUUGAACCAACACGACGUUGAUUGUAGUCGAUGAUGUCGGCGAAGGUCACGGGAUUCCUUCUUUUAAGGCUGUUUGUCAAAACAAUUAUUUCUAAACUGACGAGAGGGAGGAAAAGCGAAGGAAAUGUCAAAAGAUGGUGAGGGAAUACAUAUGCCAUCUAUGGUAUCUAUAUCCGUGAUCUUGUUUUAUUCGUUGCUUAGCAACAGAGGGCGUGGUUCGUGGCAUCUCGGCGUAAAAUAAACACGUCAUCUAUGAACAAAGUUAAAGGAGUGUAGAAUUGGAGCCCUAAACUAUCUUCGCCGCUGAAUACAUCUCAUUGUGAUCGAAAGAUCUAAUGAAGAAGGGAAAUAAGUUUUAUAUUUAUACAUGCUUCAAAAGAGAAGAUGAAAACAUAUCUUCAUGUGUUAUAUGAUGGUUUGGUGGAGUCACAGCACAUUUUAUUCUUAAGCUCAAGGAACCUUGUAUAUUUAUCACAAUUAUAAUAAUCGUGAAACAAAGCCAAAUUCAUUUAUUUAUAAAACAAUAAAACGAUGUUGUAUUACAUAGAAAAUUGUGUAUUGGUAUGAAGAUGUGGGUUUUUGUGACUAUUCAUUGUGGACAAAAUGGUCCUUUGUUAUAGGUCUUCCAUUAUGACAUCAUAGUAGUGGCCAUGCUAUGCAACAGUUUAAAUUCUAAUAGCAUCCUGGUGAUGUGAUGUAAUAAUAAAAUCAACUGUACUGACGUGACUACGCGUGUAGGGAGCUUACGAUUCACGACGGGAGGUUUGAUGACGGUACGUCAGAGCAGAGUUAACACCCAAAUAGAUUUUAGAAGCUAGUCAACACUCGUAACGUAUACACCGGUGCACUGUAAAGAGUACAGUGUCGUUUCAAGGGCAAUAACAGUUUCUGUGAAUAUCGCACUCUCAGGUGUUACAAAUACAGCAUACAUCGUGGUUUGAGCAUAACACCAAAUAUUGUUAUACUGUAGAAAAUGAAGUGCUAAUUCAGCCCCUGUAUAGUGACCUCACUUCGGAAUGCCGAUUUAGAUUUCAAAUUCUAAAUAGAAAAUAAGAACUCCGAGGUGCAGUCACUAUACAAGCUCUGUAUUAUAGUGCUGAAUUAACACGACACUUUUAGAGUGUACAUGUAUGCUGAUAACAAAAUGUGGUAUAUCAUCACCAAUGUUGUUGAACGUCCCAAAUUUUACACUGGCCCUUGGCCCUCUGAAACCACUGGCCGUGUACUUUUAACAUUACCGUCUCUAAAGUGUAAAGCACAGAACAGAAUUCCCUCCUUCACGGGGAGCAACCUCUUCCUCAUAGAAAAAAAUCAACAGUACUUUAUCUAAAAUGAAAUCGCGAAAAUUAUAAAGGCGGAAUGCGGCAACGCUCCCGCGUGCGGAAAUCAUUUUUCAAAAAGAAUUGCAGUGGAUCUAUAUAUGCUUCUGUCACCAAAGGUACCGUCCUUAUUCGUAGGGUCCCUACUCUUACAGGCUUGUUUUAUCUAUUUGUCAAAUAUUGUGAUACAUACCUAAUUGAUGUUAUGCAAAUGACGUCAUACUAUCAUAGCGCCUUCCCUCAGAGGAUAUAGGAACACGCGUAAACGGAGUUGGCCGAGAUGCGCCAGCUGCAGAUCACCAAUGGAUGCAAGGCAAUGGCUUCAGCCUCUAAGAUGGCGGUGCGGUGACGCCAGUGUAUAAGGGCUAUAUAUAUAUGGAUCUUGAAAUCACAAUAUUUGAUUAGUAAUUGAAUAACGCCUGGUAGAAACUUUAGACUGACUGGAAGGUGUGUGUCAUUCAGGGUCAAAAUGCAGUGUUAUUUGUUUCCUAUUCAUUGUUUGCUUGGUUAUUAAGUCUUGUACAUAUCGUAUUUCAUCAAGUGAGUUUCUAAUUUGUUUCUUGAAUAUUACUUACUUUCUUCGUAUUUUCCUCGUAACGGGUACAUAUAUAUGUUUUAAAAUCCAUAAUUUUGACUCGUAAUUUUGCAAAAUAUGUGCAAUGCACUUUGAAAGUGGCUUCAAAGAAAGAAAUAAACAAGAAGCAAACUUUAUCGUGUUUAUGUAUUAUUUACGUCAAAUAGAAUUCGUCAAUUCGACCCAUGCAGCUAAUUAUAGUUUGCCCAUUUAAAAAGCUUUAUGAUACCUCUAUUAUUUGUUUUAUUCUGAAGAAAAAAGUAUCAUUUUCGGAAUAGUUAAAUGUCUCAUCAUCUCAUAUCACAAUGAUUUUUUUGUCCAUGAAUAAACAAAAUCAAACCAAAAGCAAUGGAAGUAACCUCGUCAAAUUAAGGAAAACUUGUUUCUUUUCUUGAUAUGAGAGUUAUUACCCUGCUUUUUAAAUCAAAUAACCUCUUAUUUUUUCAAACGCCCAACGUUAAUAUGUGUAGCAUAUAACAAAAAAUAAAGGUAUUACAAAAUCAGAUAUCGCGAAGUGAUUGCAACAAAAAGAAAUAUCAUUAAAAAUGUAGGCCCAGUUUUCAUGUACCAAUAGCGAGUGACUGCUGAAUUAAUGUCAUUUUGUGGAUUGCGAUCCAUAGUUCAAAAUCUACCUUGCAUCUGGAAUGUUGCAAAUAUAGCUUGAUGCGAACUUGUCAUCCCUUUGUAACUGGCGACCAAUUCAUAUAUAGCGGUUGUCAUGGUUGUUUACUGGUAAAACCAUUGUAUGGGAAAGUCAUCAGUUGUUCAAAAGAUUGACGUAAGUCCUAAGUAUAAGUGUUGCUGAUUUUUUAAAACAAAUGAAUAGGUCCUCAAUGUUUCAUGAAAUAAUGUACUUUUUUAUAUAUAUCUAACCGGUCUAAUUUUGGCGUUAAGUUCUUGCAAUACGUGUGCAUCAGUCUGUUUCCAAUCACAUUCACUUAUAUUUUCCAACCAAGGUAACGUGUUUUAGAAAAUAAUUCAAAUGAAACGUAACGCAAAUUCCGUUUGAAUUCACAUGAAAUUUUUACCCUUUACUCUGAAAAAUAAUAGACAUCUCGUGAUGGAUUUCUGUUCUGAAGUGUUGAAAAUAUCUAAAUAAAAUGAACGAGGGGAAAGGGAGACUGAGAAAAUGAAAAAUGUCAUAAAAUGCUUUGAUUUUUAACCUUAUGUAUAACAAAAAAUCACGUAAGUCUAAAUGGACGUACCUUUGAAUUUACAAUGAACGAUAUACAAAUAUUACAUAUGAUUAUAUUCAACUUGAUCAUGUUGAUAAUGUGGUAUUACGUUAUAUUUAUUCCAGAUCAAUAGUCACUUGAUACUUCCAAUUUGACACUCAUUUACACAGAUAAAAAUGUACGGACUAUUUUAGAAUAUCUGAUUCAUAUCAGUUUAUUGACAUUAUAUUGUCUUACUGUAUCUCUGAUUCAUUUGAGUCAUAUGCGUACUAUAUCGUGUGAAUUGUCUUUUGCCGAUUGAAUAUUAUGAACUGAUAGCAUAAUCUAUACGUCAUGCAAUUACAUUCUUACUUUGUUUUAACCAACCUAUAAAUUGGUUGAAGUACGAAGGUAAUAAGUACUAAUGGUAUUAUAUGAAACUAAUUGAGAAUUUUUGGAACGAGCAUUUGGGUAGGUUUCACAAAAUUCUGACAGUGAACAGACACAAAAAAUCGUGCACAGAAAUAUAUUUUGAGGGAGAUUGGUAAAUUAAUGUUAUUGACUUAGUUUUUCAUGCAGCUGUAAAAGUAAAAGUUUAGAUGAAUCUAUUAAUCUAUUUCCAUUGGAUAAGCUAUUUUGUAAAAAUCUUUUUUUUUAUUGACCCUUAGUUUUUUUUUUUUUUAGAUUGAUCAAUCCGUACAUUUGGAACAAUAUUUACAUUUGAAUGCUUUUAAAUGCUGUAUUACAAAUUAGCAUUAAUCACAUGUAUCUGAUUAUCACUGCGAUUUAUUUUUUUUCCUUCAAUGAUAAUAAUUAUGUGAAUGUUUAACAUGAUAUUGUAAUGGUUUCCGAAUCCCAUCACAACAACAUUUUUGACAGUGUAAUCACUUUGAUAUGGGACAUGAUGAGUAAAUAUGUGUUAAAGUUAAACUAAAUAAUUAAUCUCAAAAUAACGUCAUUUUAUGUAAGAAAGACACAUGCUUUGUUGUUUUAUUAAGAAUGCCUGCACAAAAUUCUUGUUAAUUUCUCUAAAGAGGUUUUCAAAAUUUGGCACUGCACUCUAAAAACAAAUAAGUAAAAAAUGACUAGUUAAUAGGGUCAGCUGGGUGCAACUGUUAUUCUAGUCAUAUUUGACUAUUUUCUAGUCACAAUUUACUAGAACAUAUAUAGUUAUGUGUCGGAAAUAUGACAAGGCAUAUCAGUUGCACCAAGCUGACUACUGGUCUAGUCAAUUUGACUGAUUUGUUUUAAGAGUGUGUAAGCAAUAAUGAUGUUCGAUAAGCAAUAUACAGUGGUAUUUCGAUACUGCCACUCUCACAUUGUUUGUUUAUUGCAAAUUACACUGUAAAACUGUGGUGUUAAAAUUGACACCAGUUGGUGUUAACAGAGGACCACAUCCUGAGGUGUUAAACAUACCCUGAGGUUUUAAAAAUUACACCCUAGAGAUUGAACAUAACACCAACGAGUGCAAAUGUAACAACGAAAGGUGUUGUAAUAACACAUAUAGGUGUUAAACUAACACAGUCAAUGUAACACAGGUGUAAAAUAACUGUGGUCCUCUAUGUACACAGGUUAACACCACAGUUUUUGCUGUGCGGGAGCAAAUAUUGUCGUACUAUGUUAAUGAUAUCAUGCAUUUUGUCUUUUACUUCUCUAAAUGAAUAUAUGUAAAUGGUAAGUGUAACGUUUUGUAAAAGCACUUUGGUUCUGUGCGGUAUUAUAUACAGGUUAUAUCACCGUCUUCAGAACAUUUGUUUUCUUUGUUUUGGUUCAAGUUCUUUAAAAUGGUCUGUUUGACGUGUUACAAUUUUUAUGAACCUUAUUUGCAUAUGGCAAAAAAACAUUGAAUUAUUGAUAAUUGUCGGGGCAUAUUACAUUUUAUGAUUAAAGGGAAGAGCUAUAGAUGUUAUUAAAUUUACACGAUACAAAUAUAUAAUAACUUAUAUGUAUCUCUGUAGCAGGUUUAAUAGUGCAUCGUUCACCUUGUUCUUGUCGGAAUUUAGAGACCGAUUUUUUUCAAUACAUUUAUCUCUGAACUACUUCAGAGUAAAACAAAAUCGAUUUAUCACCACUUUGAAAUAUAAUCCUCAAAUGACUUGUGCAUUAUAUAGCACUUUUCACAUUAGCGUUCUAUUGUCGAGAAUCUUUUUUUUUUCUUUCUUCAAUGAGCAUGGUACGUUUCAAUUUAUUAAAUUCAAGCAGAGACGCCUUUGGAUUUUGGAAGCCCAUAGCAGAAAGUUUUGCAAUUUAAGGCAACUCCGAAAAUCAACAUACAUGUAACUUGGUUUAUAGUCAUUUAGAAGCGUGCAUACAUUAACCUGCGAUCGAUUUUUUUUCAGCUGCUUUUGAUUUCCAACUUUUUUUUUUGCAAUGGGCACAUGAUUAUACUGACAGGUUCAGUAUACUUCCAGCUGCCACGUGGAUUGGUCAUGGGACUGAUUUCUACGAUUGAUUACAAUGGUUGUGUAUGAUCAAUCGUAUAAAAUCAGCACAACGAUCACUCGCUAAGGUUCGUGUAACUGGGUCCAAACAAUGAUAACCACAUCUUUAGAUAGCUUUUAGAUGUUACACUUUGUAUAAUGUUCUAAUGCAUUACAUUUAUGCUACUGAAAAAGACUUGCAGACAUUUAUUUUGUAUUCGGUAUUAUCAUUCUUCAAGGUGGAUAUGGUUUUCACGUAUAUUGAUGAUUAUAACAGAUGAGUAUAUGAUGAUUGUAACAGUUUCCUUUAUCUGGAUAGCAAUUUUGUUAUCAGUGGUUGUGCCAGUAACACAAAUGGGCGCAGUUAUCUGUGGCAACAAGAUCAUGUCCGGGUCAUGACCCGUGACGUACUUUGUAAAUAGAAAGCUGUUAUUGAAAUUCAAACAUAUUGACAAACCACCUUACUCUUUGGUUGUUAGAUUAAGUAGAAACAUUAUCUUCAGUCCAUGUUUGUUUGUUUUUCUCUUGAAGAAUUUAGUUCUGACUAGAUAAUUUCUCUUAUGUAGCUUAUGGGUAUUUAUAGGUCUCAUGAAUAUUUUUAUUGUAUUUCCGUAAUUUUUUUUCUUUCAAAAACAAAUAUUAUCCUCAUUCAAUAAAAUUGCUAAUUUGUAU